CGUCUUCCUCCUCUCAAUACAUAUAAACCCUUCCUUUCUCAUCUCCUCUGCUUACUGUUCUCUAAUCUAAUCUACACUCAGCUUUCAUUAAAAAACCUAAACACUUGAGUUUCUGAAAAAUGUCGGAAGAAUUCGACGAAUCUGAGAUCAUUUUCUCCGACAACUUCUUCCCAGCUCGCCGGCGUGAUGAAGCAAACGAGAAAGAGAAUCUUCCGGUUGAGUUACGAGAAAACACAAGACGGAGAAGGAGCAAAACGACGUCGUUGCCUUCACCGGCGGCAUUCUCGACGUCGCUUCCGGUGAAUAUACCGGGUGAUAUGAUGCGGCGGAGGUACUCGGAGGAUGAUGAAGAAUAUUCCGAUGACGACGGAGGAAGUAGGAAAAUGGUUCCGCCGCAUCUGAUCGUUGGACGGAGGAUGGAAGGUGGUCAGAUGGCGUUUUCCGUUUGUACAGGUAACGGGAGGACUCUCAAAGGAAGGGAUCUUAGCCGGGUUCGUAAUUCGGUUCUCAGGUUAACCGGUUUUUUGGAGGCUUAGUUUCGGACCGGUUCCCGGUUUAAUCAAAAUUUUCCGUCUUCCAAAUUUUUUUUCUCUUUAGCGGAAGAAUC